GUGGAUGGCUGAGGGCCGAUACUUCCUGUGGCACUCUAACAACCUUGUCUGGAAUUGGCUAGAUACCUUCUUGGUGGUGACCUCCAUUGUGGAAAUUGUAGGGGAGAUCUCCGUGGCUGUUUCAGGUGGAUCGCAGGCUGCUGCUGACCUAAGCUCGAUCGGCAACAUGCGAGUCAUCCGCAUUGUGCGCAUCUCCCGGCUCUUGCGCGUCCUCCGCAUCGUACGCGUCUUACGAUUCGUGCGCUCUUUGAGAAACCUUGUCAGUUCUAUUGCCAUGACCUUCCGCUCCUUAGCUUGGUCCGUUGUCCUCCUGGUGAUCAUCAUCUACAUGUUUGGAGUUCUCUUGACGGAUGGCGUCACAGAAUUUUUGAACAGCGGGGAAGGCAUCGAACCGAUGCUGGAGAAGGAUCUGAGGAUGUACUUCGGAACGGUCCAUGGCGCCAUGCACACAUUGUUCCGGUCCAUCGCAAAUGGAAUCAGCUGGGACAUUGUCGUAAGACCGCUGGUUCAAGCGAGCUGGUUCUGGG